AGGUGUUCAUGGUUCUAUGUGCUGAUUGAGUUAGCCCUGAGGCUUGUCUCGACUCAGGGCUAUUGAAAAACUUCUGCUACUGCUAUGUGAACUCAAUAUGGUCCCUUAAGAAGUCUGUUCAAGCUGAAGAUCACAAGGUGGUGUUACAAAGAAAAUCUGUUUAGUGAAGGUUCUGGAAAUGGAGUGGGGAGGUGAAUAUUCUCUUGAUUCUUCCAACUUAGAUUGUUUGUUAAACAUUCUUCCUGGGGACUGGGAGUUUCAACAGAUCCUCAGUGACAUCGAUGAGAAAAUAAAGAAAAACUCUGCUAGUGUGGAACAAUGCCUUAAAGAGCUACAGUCAGAAGUAAAUGAGACUUGUACCGAUGAGCUGUUACAAAACACAACUGACUGCCUUCACUGGCUGAAUAACUGCAGUUUCAGUUCCCUCAAACCUUCUUCUACACCUCAUGGAGAGUUGAUCGAAUUUCUUAAAACUCUGCAAAGCUUGCUGAGGAAUGAACAAAAUCAAGAAGAAAUGAUACUACACUUUCUUCUGGAUCUCUCCAGUCAGUGUGGGGUCUCAUUUCCAUGUACUCCAAGUGGGACGUCUUUUGAGUUAACAUCCAGAGCUUCCCUUCAUGCCAUUGAGGAUGAUUCAUCUAUGAAUAUCAAGUCUGUUUGGGAUGAUGUGAGAUUACACCUUCGACGUUUCUUAGUAAAUAGACUUCAGAGUCCUCAUGAAACAAAUACUGCUACUUUAAAACAGCAAAUGCAGUUUAAAACUCAAUGCAUACAACACCUUUUGUUUCUAUAUCCAGAAUCAGAAGUUCUAACCAAGUACCAAAACAUGCAGAAUAAAUUGGUUUCUGAACUUCUUCAGCACUGUGUUCUAUCUAGCUGUGGUGAAACAAACUUUGAUAAGGUGGUUCAUGGUUACAAAAGUUCAGUACCUACACUAUGCACAAUGAUAAAAGAGGAUUUGUAUAUACUAAGUGGUACUAUAGAUCCAUCCUCAACGCUGAUGUUUAUUAAUGAAACUUAUCUGGAUACCAUCACAGAAGAAAUAACAGUUCUUCUUGAAAGACUUUGUGAACUGCAGUUCAAAGAAAAUGCUCUACAUAUAAUUAAGACAAGCAAGAUUUCAAAGAAGCAUAGAGGAACAGUUCAUGCUUUGGCUACCCAAGAAUGCCUCAGAAAAGGAAGGAACUUCUGCUUAACUUUGUAUCAACUCAAAUGUCUUUCUCAGCUUAUAAAACUCUUUUUGUUUAUGGAAGAAAGAGUUGAAGAACUCUCUGCAGAAAUUCUGUUGUUGCCCUGUUUCACUGAGAAGAACAAAAAUGUUCAAGGAGUUCUGAAGAAAGCUAGUGGGGAGCUUUUAAUAGGGGAAACUAGAGCAAAUGAAACCAGUGUGCUUCCUGAACAGUUACUUCAGGUAAAAGAGACUACUUUAUUGGAUUUUAGUUGGAGGAAUGCAUUUAAAGACCUGUCUUCUUCUGUGGCGCACUGUAUAACAAUAGCAAUUGAAGAUUUUUCAACUAAAAUUCUUCAGCUUGAGCAGAAAGAACAGGCUUCAGCUGCAGUCUAUACAAUGAGCCUAGUAAACAUCCAGCAAAUGAAAGAGUCCUGGGAAACAGUCCACGAGGCGGAACAACCAAAACGAAUAGCAAAGUUUUGUUCUGACAUCAUGGAAGAACUUGACACAGUGCUUCCACUGGCUCUGGCAUGCAGAGAUGAUUCUCUUCAGGAAAUUAGAGCAAACUUUGUGGAGGCGUGCUGCAAAGUAGCAACAGCUGUCCUGGAAAGGUUGGAGGAGAGAAGCAAAGAAGUGCCCUCCAAGGCUCCACUGCAAAACUUGUAUGCUGUUCUCUCCACAGCAGUACAUGUCUUUCAGCAUUUUAUGAUGUAUGAUAAUUUAAUGAGAGAGACCAGCAAGAAGCCCCUGUUCCUAGUGCCUGUCCAGGGAUAUCAGGAAUUCAUCAAUGUUCUCCAGUUUCAAGUUACCAACUACUGCGUCAGAGUUUGUGCUACAAGUAUUUUACAGGAUGCUGAGAGCCACCACUGGGAUGACUACAAAGCUUUUUAUGAGGGGGAAAGAUGCUCAUUCUCUGUCCAGAUGUGGCAUUAUUUCUGCUGUGCUCUCCAUCAUGAUCUGUGGACUAUCCUACCCCCCAAGUUAGCCCAGGAGAUUCUAGAAGAAGUGCUGGAGAAAUCUUUGGCUGUGCUAGCCUGCAGAUAUUCUCAGGCCCAUCCCAGUUACAAGAGAACUCCACAGAUAAGAAUUGAUAUCACAGCGAUUUUAGUAUCUACUGAAAAUAUGCUGUGGUCAGCUUGCUGCUCAGUGCAGGAACUUUUGAAUCCACAUAAAGACAAAGACGCCAAGAUCUAUAAAAUACACAACCACUGCAACAAUCUGCUCUCUGCACUUGCCAUUUUAACUGCACCUUUGAAGAAUCUGUAUGAGACAUUUCAGAAUGGUUUUGGUGAGCUACUUCCAUCAGAUUUCUCCAAACCUAAUAUCAGUCACCCAUUACACUGGCUAUCUUGCAUAACACCAUUUUGUCCUCCUUUACUUAUGACUCCAUCAACCGGAGAAAUGGCAGCCCAGGGUCAACUGAAACUGCUCUUAUCCCAACCGUAUUGUAAUUGGAACUUGCUUUUGGAAACACUGCUACAUCAGGAUUGUCUCUUAGUGAAAAUUUUAUUGAAAAGUUCAAAAAUUGAAGUAUCAGAAUGUGAUGAACAAAGUUCCUGCAUAAAACAGAUAAAUAACAAAGAGCCUACUUUGACUGAAGCAAUCUUUACAGUAUUAUCCUAUUGCACUUUAUCACCCAAAUCACUCGGUAGAGUUCUUGAGAGCUACAUGAAAAAAGAGCAACUAUGGGAUUGCUUAUACAAUAUAUCAGUUUCUAGUUGUGGUGAAUCAGAGCCAGAGGUUAUCAGAUGUUUGAAGGUGACUUUGAUUAAUUCAGUCAAGGGUAUAGUGAAGCAAAUAAUUUCUUUGAUGCAUUCGUGGGAGGCAACAGAGAACUAUGGAACCUAUCAACACAAGCAAAUAGUUCCUGAAAGUUUGCUGAAGACAGUUCCAAAGGAAUGGAAUUAUACACCUAGAGAAAUGAAGAGAAAAGAAUCUGGGAAAUGCUUCACAAGGCUUGCAGCUCAGGCUGUAUCUAUUGUAAUCAGCAAGUUACCUACAGUGAUUGCAUGUUUGCCUCCCCCAAUUAAAUACUUCUUUUUUCUGUCUGAGAGGAAAAUGUCAAAAAACUUUGUUGAAUCGAAGAAAGCUGGUCUGCUUGUCUGGAACUUGAUUGUAAUUAUAUGUCGGAUAUUUGAGGAUGGAAACACCGCAGAACUUUUAACAGGUGCAACGCUUGACAGAUGGAGCAAAGAGAAACUCAGUUUAGUUCGUGUGUGUUUGGAAAGUAUUGUGGGAAAACAGAAAAGUAGUCCUAAACAAGUAACACAGAAGGUUAUACAGAGUAUAGAACAACAAAGACCAAACUGGAUUGAAAGCCAGUUGCUGAAAGCAAGAAAAUUGAGCACUGACUGUGCCUUUAUUUCAGUAGAAGAAGGUGCAGGGUUAGAGAAGGGAGGUAUUGCAUUUGAAUUGACUGAGCAGAAAAUAAACAUGAUGGUCCUGGAUAUCUGCCACAAACCAGGUGGCAGCGAGUACCUGAGGCAAAUUUAUCACAUCAUCCGGCUCAAUGAGGAAUAUUUGAAAGAGCUGCUGUCUUGUGGGAAUUCUUCUGAAGAGAAUGUAAUGCCCAUUGAACAUUCACAUUUGACAUUGAGGAGCGCAGAAGAGCAGCCUGUUUUCAACCCUUUCCGGGUGCACCGCCAAUAUUGUGCAAAUGUGUUUGAUCAGUCAGCCAUUACUGAAUGGAACUGGGAUUGGUCAAUCUUGCUGCCAACUUAUCUGGGACUGAAUCAGAUGACCUUCAGGGCACUGCUGGCACACAGAUGGGAGAUGAAAGAAGAUGGAGCUCUGGAAGAGGAAGAAAAAGCUAUGGUGGAACACCUAAAAAAAGUUUAUUUCAUACAGACCCCUCUUGCCUCAGAAGAUAAAGAAGAACUGUCACCUUGA